CGGCCGCUGGCCGGGGCGAGAGCAGUCCGCCCGCCGCCCGCCGCGCCGCCAGCAUGUCGUUCAUCCCGGUGGCCGAGGACUGCGACUUCCCCAUCCAGAACCUGCCGUACGGCGUGUUCAGCACCGCAGGCAACCCCAGACCGAGGAUCGGCGUGGCCAUCGGUGACCAGAUCCUGGACCUCAGCGUCAUCAAACACCUCUUCACCGGGCCUGUCCUCUCCCGACACCAGGAUGUCUUCGAUCAGCCUGUGCUCAACAGCUUCAUGGGCCUGGGGCAGGCCGCCUGGACGGAGGCGAGGGCGCUCCUGCAGGACCUGCUGUCCGCCGGCCAGGCCCGGCUCAGGGAUGACGCGGAGCUGCGCAGGCGCGCCUUCACCCCCCAGGCCUCCGCCACCAUGCACCUCCCGGCCACCAUCGGAGACUACACGGACUUCUACUCGUCCCGGCAGCAUGCCACCAACGUGGGCAUCAUGUUCAGGGGCAAGGACAGCGCGCUGAUGCCCAACUGGCUGCACCUGCCCGUGGGCUACCACGGCCGCGCCUCCUCCGUCGUGGUGUCCGGCACCCCGGUCCGCAGGCCCAUGGGACAGACGAGGCCCGACGACGCGCAGCCGCCCGUGUACGGCCCCUGCCGACUCCUGGACCUGGAGCUGGAGAUGGCUUUCUUCGUCGGCCCCGGGAACAGACUCGGGGAGCCGGUCCCCAUCUCCAGGGCCCACGAGCACAUCUUCGGGAUGGUGCUGAUGAACGACUGGAGCGCCCGGGACAUCCAGAGGUGGGAGUACGUGCCCCUGGGGCCCUUCCUGGGGAAGAGCUUCGCCACCACCAUCUCGCCCUGGGUGGUGCCCAUGGACGCCCUCCUGCCCUUCGCCGUGCCCGGUCCCCAGCAGGACCCCCAGCCCCUGCCGUACCUGCGCCACGACCGGCCCUACGCGUUUGACAUCCACCUCUCCGUGGCCCUGAAAGGGGAAGGCAUGAGCCGCGCGGCCACCAUAUGCAGGUCCAACUUCAAGCACAUGUACUGGACGAUGCUGCAGCAGCUCGCCCACCACUCGGUCAACGGCUGCAACCUGCGGCCCGGGGACCUGCUGGCUUCCGGAACCAUCAGCGGCCCGGAGCCCGAGAGCUUCGGCUCCAUGCUGGAGCUGUCCUGGCGGGGCACGAAAGCCAUCGAGCUGGGCGAGGGGCAGACGCGGAGGUUCCUGCUGGACGGGGAUGAGGUUGUCAUCACAGGACACUGCCAGGGAGACGGGUACCGCGUCGGCUUUGGCCAGUGCGCCGGAAAAGUGCUGCCCGCGCUCGCGCCAGCGUGAGGCUCUCCGGACCCUUCCGGAAGCGAAGCCUGGAGCCCCGCCCCCGCCCGGGGCCUCCCUCUGCUGCGAGCCUCGUCCCUCCUCGGCGCCCAAUAAACGCCCGCCGUGCCCUGCCGGGGCCGCCGCUGAGUCCA